AUGGCCACCGAUACCCGUACCUACAACGAUGCCAUCGAUGCGCUCAACUCCCUCCAGACACCCUUCGAGGUGAUCGAAGCCAGGCGAAAGGCCGGCAUCCGACCAGACGAGACUUCCAUCCAGGAGAUGCAGGUCUAUCUCGCCCGUCUCGGCCACUCCCCCUCCGACCUAAACCGCCUCAACGUAAUCCACAUCGCCGGGACCAAAGGCAAAGGAAGCACAUGCGCCUUCACCGACUCGAUCCUCGCCCACCACCGCCUCGCCUCCCCCUCGGGCCUCCCGUCCAAAGUGGGCCACCUCACGUCCCCGCACCUCAUCGCCGUCCGAGAACGCAUCCGCAUCAACACAAACCCCAUCUCCGAAGCCCUCUUCGCCCGCUACUUCUUCCAAGUCUGGGACCGCCUCGGCGCCGGCGCCUCCCCCGCUUCCCUCCCCGAUGACGCCGCCGCUGCCGCCGUACCGAUGGCCACCCGUCCCGUCUACGCCCGCUACAUCACCCUCCUCGCCUUCCACACCUUCCUAUCCGAAGGGGCAGACUGCGUCGUCCUCGAGACAGGAAUAGGAGGCGAAUACGACGCGACGAACAUCGUCCCCUCGCCCGUCGCGACGGGGAUCACCACCCUGGGCAUCGACCACGUCUUCGUCCUGGGACAGACCAUCGACAAGAUCGCCUGGCACAAGGCCGGGAUCAUGAAACCCGCCUGCCCCGCCGCGUUCGCCGUCGAACAGGUCCCCGAGGCCGAGCGGGUGUUGCGGGAACGCGCGGCUGCGAAGGGCGUCCCGCUCUCGGUCGUCGGCGUCGACCCGCGCCUCGCGGGCGUGAAGAUCCGUCCCGACGCGCGGUUUCAGAAACAGAAUGCGAGUUUGGCCGUCGCGCUUGCGGAGGCGGCGCUGGCGAAAAUCGACCCGUCGUUUCGGAGGCGGGAGGACCGUCUGCCGGCGGACUUUGUCCAGGGGUUGGAGAAUGUGGUUUGUCGUGGGCGCUGCGAGGUCAAGGUCGAUGAAGAGGACCGGGUCGUUUGGCAAAUUGACGGCGCGCACACGACUGAUAGCCUCCUGGUGGGGACGAGGUGGUUCGUCGACGAGAGCCGUGCGAGGCCGGGGCCCAGGGUGCUGGUGUUCAACCAGCAGGGUCGGACGGAGGCCGUUGACUUUCUCGACGGGAUGUAUCAGGCAGCCAAACGCGAGGACGGCACGGCGUUUGACCAUGUCGUGUUUUGCACCAACGUCACCUACACCACGGGUUAUAAGAAAGACUUUGUCAACAACCAAUACGACCCCAAGUCCAUCGAAGCCAUGUCGGUUCAACGCAUUUUCGCCGACAAAUGGCGGACUCUCGACCCUUCGGCCAAGAUCAGCUUGAUCCCCACCAUCCAGGAGGCCCUCGACCACGUUCGGAGUCUCAGCAAGGACGUAAAGGAGGACCAGACGGUCCAGGCGUUUGUCACGGGGAGCCUUCAUCUCGUAGGCGGUGCUUUGAGUGUCCUCGAGGGUGCAGACGCCCUCUGA